AUGAGAAGAGGAGAAGGAACAUCAGCAAUGAUGCAACAGGAACAAGAACAAAUUCUGCAGCAAGAAACGAUACCACCAGUGUUAGCAGCAAAGAGAAAACCAAUGAAAGUUUUGGUAGCUAUUGAUGAUAGUGAAGGAAGUUUCUAUGCUUUAAAGUGGGCUCUUGAUAAUCUAUUCACUUAUGGUGCUGCUUCUUCAACCGAACCUAAUCAAACUCAAAAUUUUGGAAUGAUGUAUCUUCUUAAUAAUGUCAGCAACAUUUUCAAUACUACAUCUUUCCUGCUGGCCCUGGAGGGUAUGAUAUGUCAAGCAGAUGAGCAGAUGCAUGCUGAUAUUCUUGUUGUUGGUAGCCGUGAUCUUGGAAAAACUAAAAGGGCGUUUCUUGAGAUUGUUAUUGACUAUUGUGCUCAUCAUGCCAAGUGCCCUAUCCUUAUUGUCAAACCACCACAGUGA